AAUGCUAGUUCCGGCAUUAACUGAGAAGAGAAGAGUCCCUUGGUGAACAAGUAUACAACCGGGAUAUUCAAGCGAAUAAAUGCCACCAAGUAUGACUGAGAGCUCGGCGAAUAAGUUGGUAAAUGGAGAUGUUUGCCACCGGACCGCAAACGGUAAAAAAUCUUCGGGAAGGAACGGUUUCGUGAAGAAUCAUUGUUUGUUCCAACAACCGCAACAGAAGAAGUAUCGGCGCCCGAGUGAGAAGAACAACCAUGUUGUGCGUAACACCAGCCUGUACAACAGGCCGUUUGUGGAGCAGUUUGAGGAGACUCCUCUGCUUGUGGCGGUUCUCACCUACGUGGGCUACGGCAUCCUCACCAUCUUCGGGUACCUCAGAGACUUCCUCCGCAACUGGGGCGUCGAGAACUGUCACGUGGCCAGAGAGAGGGACGAACAGAAGGACUUUGUUCCACUGUACCAGGACUUUGAGAACUUCUACACCAGGAAUCUAUACAUGCGUAUCCGUGACAACUGGAACAGGCCUAUCUGUAGUGUCCCUGGAGCCAAGAUGGACCUGGUGGAGAGAACCUCCAAAGACUACAACUGGACGUUCGAACACACAGGCAAGGUGGUGAAAGACGUGAUCAACAUGGGUUCUUAUAACUACCUGGGCUUUGCUGAGAACACUGGGAGGUGUGCUGACAAUGCCACAGGGUCAACACACAAGUACGGUGUGGGAGUGGGCAGCACCCGCUCUGAGAUGGGUAACCUGGACAUCCAUGAGGAGUUGGAGCAGCUGGUUGCUAGGUUCCUGGGGGUGGAGUCAUCCAUGGCGUUUGGGAUGGGCUUCGCUACCAACUCCAUGAACAUUCCUGCUCUCGCUGGGAAGGGCUGUUUGAUUCUGAGUGAUGAGUUGAACCACGCCUCUCUGGCGCUGGGGGCGCGGCUCUCUGGCGCCACCAUCCGCGUCUUCAAACACAACAAUAUGGUGAGUCUAGAGAAGCUGUUGAGAGAUGCCAUUGUUCACGGCCAGCCCAGAACACACAGGCCCUGGAAGAAGAUGCUCAUUCUGGUCGAGGGAAUCUACAGUAUGGAGGGUUCUAUAGUACGUCUGCCUGAGGUGAUAGCCCUGAAGAAGCAUUAUAAGGCCUAUCUGUACCUGGAUGAGGCCCAUAGCAUCGGAGCUCUCGGACCACGAGGUGGAGGGGUGGUGGACUACUUUGGUCUGGACCCCAAAGACGUUGACAUCAUGAUGGGAACAUUCACGAAGAGCUUUGGUGCUGCUGGAGGAUAUAUCGGAGGGAAGAGGGAGUUGAUAGACUACCUGCGGUCCCACUCCCACAGUUCAAUCUAUGCCACGGCCAUGUCCCCUCCCGUGUCACAACAGAUCAUCACCUCUAUGAAGAUCAUCAUGGGAGAGGACAACACCACUCUGGGGGCGGAGCGUCUAAAGCAGUUGUCAGAAAAUACCACAUACUUCCGAAGGAAACUCCGAGAGAUGGGAUUCAUCAUCUACGGAAACAAUGACUCUCCUGUCGUACCCAUGAUGCUCUACAUGCCCGCCAAAAUAGGGGCGUUUGGCAGGGAGAUGCUGAAGAGGAACAUUGGGACGGUGGUGGUUGGCUUCCCUGCCACACCCAUCAUAGAGUCCAGGGCCAGGUUCUGUGUGUCUGCCGCGCACACCAGGGACAUGCUGGACACGGCAUUGGAGGCCAUCAGUGAGGUUGGGGAUGUGUUGCAGCUGAAGUACUCCAGACAUCAUGAUUUCCCCUCCUCCCUGGGUCCAUGGUCCUCUGCGGAGAGUCUGCUCCUGGAGCCCAGCCACGUCAAGCCUUCUUGUCAUAUAACUAACUGAACCAGCUACACCAGGCAUACUUGCACCUUUGUUUGUUUUUGCACUUACCUGGUGCACCGGCUCUAAAUCAGUCCCUGACUAAAGAAUGAAAAUGUAGAAAUGGAACUUAGGGGAUUUGAGUAUCUCUACACUACAGUGGGGUAGGGAUAAAAGAAAGUCACCAAGGUCCUAUCGUGUGUGUAAGCCCCUAUCGUUGUCUUAAUGUAUCUUAACUUAUUGUGAAUUCGUUUUUUUUUUUGUGUUGGACCUAAAUGUUGAAUCUUAUUUCCGUGUUCCAACUGCAUUAUGGGGGCUUCUAAUGCAAUAAUAACAAGAUGGGGAGGAAGAGUAGAACAAGACAUGGAUUUCUAUUGCCAUUAAAAUAUACAAUUUGUUUGGUGGUACCAAUGGAAAUCAGAGAAAUGGAAUCCCUAGAACCGCGAUCUACAUUUUGUUCUAGGGAUUACAUUUCUAGGAUAACAGCAGAAGUUAUAAUGCAAGAAAGAAGUACAUAAAUAAUAUAUAGCAUUCAUGACUAAUAGGGCAACAUAUAGGCUUCAUAUCAAAUGAGGUACACCGUCAAGUGUAGCUUAUUAUAUAUUGAACUUUCCACUCUGAUCGGUGUGUUAGACUUUAAUAUUGUCACGGGGGUUCUUUCCCUGACCAAUGUUGAUAUUAUCUGCUGUUUACACAGUAAAUGAACAGGUAACAUCUCAAUGUCUUGGACCUAUUAUCAGAGCUAAUCCUCUCUCGCUCUCUCUGUGUGUGUAAGCUACAUAUUUCACCAGUUUAGAAGAAUAGGGUAAGAACCCUUUUGAAGAGCUGCCAUGUUGUGAAUAUUUCAUUCAUAUAUAUAUAUAUUAUAUAUAUAUUACAGCUUUUUUUCCUUUAAUAUUUAGUGUUUAUGCUCGCACUCGAAUGACUUAAGCCCAAAUGUCUUAAAUAUGUCUAUACGCUCUAGCGUAUUUAACAUGUCUUUCGCUGAAGAUUCUUUCAUAUUUCUAUAAACUUGGUAAGAGCCAUGUCGUGUGAAGUGUUUCUCUUGGUGUUGGUAUCACGGACACCGAUUUGUAGGCUAGUCCUGGACUGAAAAAAAAACGAUUUGAAUGGAGAUUCUUGACUUAAUCUGUGUCUGGGAAACUGACUGUUACCGAAGAACCACGUGGUUUGAGUCUCUAACUGUAUAUCUUCUAAGUGCUUAUCUUAAUAACCAGCGUUGAUGUCUUAGUAAACUAUGACACUCUGGCCAUAAUAUGACCCACCUGUUUAUCUGUAUGUAUGACGAUGAUGCAUCCUAGCCAUGCUUCUCUGAUGUACAGAUAUGUCCUUAUUUGGUAAAACUUCCUAUUGAUACCUUCUUCACAGUGCAUUAUAAGUGCCUUAUGAGCUAUAUAUAAUGCACGACAUAGACAUACAGGAAGUGUUACCGCCUUUAUUUAUUACAAAUGUCAUAUUUUUUUCAAUCUGCUCUAUUUUUGUGGAAGAUGUUUCUAAUAUAAUGUCUCUGUGGCAGCUCCAAAUAAAGACACCUAAAGGGUUCUUUGGUUAUUUCUGUAUAAUCCUUUUUUUGGUUCCAGGUAGAACCUUUUUUUUUUGUUGGUUCCAGAACCUUUAACCAAAAGGUUCUUUUGAGGGUUCUUUGUUGGGUGAAAUAGUUCUGCCUGGAAGCAAAACGGUUCUACAGGGACAGCAAAAGAAACCUUUUAGGAACACUUUUGAUGGAGUAUGUGUGUCUUAAUGACAGUGCUAGUACUACUGACAGGCAUCGGUAAUAUACAGAUGAUGUAGCCUCACUGAAAUGACAGGCUUUACGGCUGGCUAACUGACGCUUGGUUUAAACAAAGCAUCUUUUCCCGCCAGCGGUCUUCCACAAUGAUUCUUCUCUAAUAUGGCAUUCCAGAAUUGGCUGAUUUGUGUUUUAGUUUGUUUUGUUUAAAUGUUAUGUUUGACUUUCCAUGGCUCAAUUUAUGGGUCAGUUCAAGUAUAAUAUUGUCUUUAGUCACAUAUCCAGUUUGUAGUGUGUGUGAGUGUACAUAAUUGUUAUUUGUAUUGGAAGUAGAAAUAUGUGGAAGAGAGCUGCGGUUAGCACUGUGAUCAUUCCACUACUACAAACUCUUUAUUAAACUAUGGCUGAGAUUUAAA